CUCUAAAUGUCCCCCAAUUAAAGACCACAUAAAUAAAGGCUCAAUCGAGGGCUCUUUGUAAAUCAGUCUCCAUCGUCUGUCGCCUUUGGAGUCUUUGCAUCAUGGUUCGGAACAUGUUCAGCCUUGGCGUUUUCAUGUUAGCUAUUACAAGUGCCUUGAGCUCAUCUUGCUGUCCAAGCAUUGUCUUGCAAUCCUCCGGCGAUUUGGCCUCCUCCAAUCAAGCCCAUAUCUUGGGGAAUUACAAUCUUGUUUCGGAUGAUGCCGAAGGCCGUCCCAUCUACCAACUAGACUCUUCUUUGCCUCGAUUUAUCUUCUAUCGAAGUGGCAUAAACAAUUGGUUUGUUAAUGAUCAAACUGGGAUCAACCAAGGCUACGCACUCAAUACGGGAACGGAGGAAUGUAUUUCAGACUCCACCGGAGUUUGGGAGUAUUGGGAUGGAAAUGCUUGGGUUCAAGAUCUUUAUACUAGUGCUAUUUGUGUUUAAUGCGAAAUAAAAAUGAUUUGGGAAACCUUGAAA